AUGUUUAGGGCAAUUGCUGAGGAACAUAAGGAAAAACAAAAGGAAAAAAAGGCACAUAUGAAAGAGCUUGAAACAAAAAUUGUCGAUCAGUCUCUUCCAGCACUUAGCGAUGCAGUCUUUGAAAAAUUAACAAAAGGAUCAGAGGAAAUUCUUACAAACCAAAAAGAAAUAGACUGUAGAUGCAAAACAGUUCGCGAAGAGUGGGAAAAGCUUAACAAUGAGCUCGGAAAGUGGGCAACUAUGAUUAAUGACCUUGAUCGUGCUGUUAAAGAAAUUGGAGAUGUUCGUGCAUGGUCACAACAAAUACAGGCUCAAGUUCAAGAGGCUGUCGAGCGUCUUGACAAGCAAUAA